GUUUCUGGUCAAUAAUUACCUGACCUGUCUAGUUGUUGGUGGAUUGUGACACUCAAAUGGCCAAUGAGACAAUAAAGAAGAGAAUGACCACCCCCAAAUUUUUGCUUGUAUUGUGCAGCAUUUUCCCUCUUCAUUUGCUGUGAGGGUGACCAUUGAUUGUUGUCCUUUUCCACGUGAGAGUGCAAACUCAACAGGAUGGCUACUCUAAAGGAUAUAUGCAGUGGGUUACCUCUGGACCCUUUGCCCCCUAACCGGGGGAGAGAUCCCAGUGUCCCACACGCACCCAUCCGGACUCCGAACCUCACAGCGGAAGACGAACGAUUGGCACUGAGAAAUGCUUUGCGCUAUUUCCCACCUGCUCACCAUGCCACUCUCGCAUCCGAGUUUGCUGAAGAACUGCGCCAGUACGGCCACAUCUACAUGUACCGCUUCUGCCCCACGUUACACAUGAGAGCUUACCCCAUCGAUCAGUAUCCAUGUCGUACAUGUCAAGCAGCUGCCAUUAUGCUCAUGAUCAUGAACAACCUGGACUCAGCAGUUGCUCAGUUUCCUCAGGAGCUUGUUACCUAUGGAGGGAAUGGCCAGGUGUUUAGUAAUUGGGCUCAGUUCCGCCUGGUGAUGCAUUACCUGAGUGUGAUGACAGAGGAGCAAACCUUGGUCAUGUACAGCGGGCAUCCAAUGGGCCUGUUCCCCAGCCUGCCCUCGUCACCCCGCGCUGUCAUCACCAACGGCAUGGUUGUUCCAAAUUACUCCUCCAAGGAGCUCUAUGAAAAGAUGUUUGCACUCGGUGUGUCCAUGUACGGUCAAAUGACAGCUGGCAGUUACUGUUACAUCGGCCCUCAAGGGAUUGUUCAUGGAACUGUGCUGACUGUGCUGAAUGCAGGUCGGAGGUACCUGGGCUCUGGUGACUUGAGGGGGCGUGUCUUUGUGACCUCUGGCCUGGGGGGUAUGAGCGGGGCUCAGGCUAAAGCCGCAGUCAUUUGCGGUUGUAUCGGAGUGAUUGCAGAGGUUGAUGAGGCGCCUCUUCGAAAGAGACAUGAGCAGGGCUGGGUGAUGGAGGUCACCAACAGUUUGGAGCACUGCAUCAAACGCAUCAGAGAUGCUAAAAGGUCCAAGACUCCCCUCAGUCUCGGUUACCAUGGCAAUGUUGUAGACUUGUGGGAAAGGCUGCAGUUAGAGUAUGAAAGGAGGGGCGAGCUCCUGGUGGAUUUGGGUCAGACCAAGACUUCGCUUCACAACCCCUUCAAUGGCUACUACCCUGUCCAGCUCAGCUUUUGCCAGGCAAACCAACUCAUGUCCACCAAUCCCAGUCAGUUCCGCACCAUGGUGCAGGAAAGCCUCUGCAGACAGGUGCAAGCCAUCAACAAGCUUUCAGAGGCAGGUAUGUUUUUCUGGGACUAUGGAAAUGCAUUUCUGCUGGAAGCCAAAAGAGCUGGAGCAGAUGUACAGAAGACUGGAGCUGGUGCAACAGAAUUCCGUUACCCGUCAUACGUCCAGCAUAUCAUGGGGGAUAUUUUCUCUUUGGGCUUUGGGCCUUUUCGCUGGGUUUGCACCUCUGGGGACCCACAAGACCUUGCUGUCACUGAUGAAAUUGCUGCUGCUGUCCUGGAGGAGAUUGGUGUUACUGUGGCUGAUCGUAUCAGACAGCAGUACCAUGACAACAUCCUCUGGAUCAGAGAAGCUGGAAAACACAAAAUGGUUGUGGGAUCUCAGGCCAGAAUCCUGUACUCGGAUCAGAAAGGCCGAGUCUGUGUCGCUUUGGCAAUCAACAAAGCUGUCGCUGAAGGAAGCGUUUCAGCUCCUGUGGUGAUUAGCAGAGACCAUCAUGAUGUUAGCGGCACAGACAGCCCCUUCAGGGAGACCUCAAAUAUUUAUGACGGAUCUGCCUUCUGUGCAGACAUGGCGGUGCAGAACUUUGUCGGCGAUGCUUUCAGGGGAGCCACAUGGGUUGCCCUGCACAACGGCGGUGGUGUUGGCUGGGGGGAGGUGAUAAAUGGAGGGUUUGGUUUGGUUCUAGAUGGAUCAGAGGAAGCAGAAAAACGUGCCCGUCUGAUGCUCAGCUGGGAUGUUUCCAAUGGGGUGGCUCGUCGUUGCUGGUCUGGAAACUCAAACGCCUUUGAGACCAUCCAGCACACUAUGGAGGACCAUAGCCAGCUGCGUGUCACAAUGCCCUUUCCAGUAGAGGAUGCGAGUGUGCUCGAUCGUGCACUUCAAGGAUAGCGAA